AUGGACUACUCCAACAACGACACCGAGUACCCGGGCGGCUCCAGCCCGUGGGCCUCGUCGCCGCAGCACAAUCGCGCGCCGUUCGGCCAGCCUCCCACCAGCGACCUCCCCUCCUCCCCGCUGCCUCCGCCCGCGUCUCCGUACGGCCAGGACUCCGGGCAAUAUGGAUACAUCGGCGACCACACCCAGCAGAGCCGCCCGGGCGCUGCUUCGACGGACAACGGCGAGCCCUACCGCUCUGCGCAACAGCAGCCGCAACAGCCGCCGCAGCCGCCGCAGCCGCCGCCCGGCCAGGAUGCGCCGCAGCUCCCCCAGCACCCCAACGCGCCCCAGCAGGCUCCGGAGCCCGGCCAGCAGCCCCAGCAGCCCCAGCAGCCCCAGCGAUACCACGCAUCUCGCCCCCAGCGCCAGCAGCAGCAGCACUACAAGCUCCAGGCAAAGGUCACGGGACUCGAGCGCAACGGCAAGAAGGACCCCAUAAUACGCUUCGACGUCUACACCAACCUGCCCAAGUUCAGGACCACCCAGUUCCGCGACGUGCGACGAGUGCACACCGAGUUCGUGAAGCUCGGCGAGCACCUGAUCUCGGCCUGUCCCGAGGCCAUCGUGCCCGCAGUGCCGCCAGCCACGACAUCUGCAGGCGCGGGAACCGACGAAGAUGAGGCGCGCUUGAAGGCGGCCGUACAGCGGUGGCUGAACGUCGUCUGCAGCAACGACAUUCUCAUCCGCGACGAGGAGAUGGUCUUCUUUGUCGAGAGCGACUUUGGAUACAGCCCCGUGGUGCGGAGGAAGCAACCCGCGACCGGCGUUCGCCGCAAGGUCAUCAAGCAGUUUGCGCCGCCUCCAGACGACACCCCAGAGCUCGCCGCUGCCCGUCCGAUUGUGAAGGCCUUCUACCUGGGCACAAUGGAGGCCGAGCAGAAGGUCGAGAAGGUCGUCAAGCACAGGAGAAACCUUGGUGUUGCCGAGUCGGACCUUGGUGCCAAGUUCGCCGCACUGCACGCCCAGGAGACGCACGUAGGACUGGCCCACGCCUACAAGAAGCUGGGCAAGGUCAUCCAAGCCACCGGCGACUUCCACGCCGCCCAAGGCACAGCCGAAGCAACCACCCUCGGCGACCCCCUCCAAUACCACAGCAGCGACGCCUUCAUUGCUAAAGAGACCCUCACGAACCGCCACAUCCUGCUCCGCGAGCUCCUUCAAGCGCAAUCAGCCACCAAAUCAAAGCUUUCAGCCGCCGACAGACUGAAGGCUAGCUCCAGCGUCAAGCGCGACAAGGUCGACGAAGCCAUCGCCCAGCUCGACGAAGCCCGUAGCCACGAACAAUACCUGACCUCGAAAGCGCAACGCGUGACCGCAAACCUGCUCCAGGAGCAGAGGAAAUGGUUCGACCGCACUGCAGCCGACAUGCGCCAGGCGAUCCGCGAGUAUGUCAUUCGCGAAAUCGAAGCCGAGCGCCGCACACUGGCUACCCUCGAGUCUGUCCGCCCAGACAUACGCGCCAUCGACGGCAGCGGCGGUCUCUCGAGGCUGGGCCGCGAAGCUCAUCCCACCCAGCGCCGCGUCUCGCUCGCAAACUCCCAAGGCCCCAAGGGCGAUGCGUGGUCCGGCGUGCCGCGGCGACCGGGCGAUGGGCUGAACAGGAGCGUGAGCGGCAGCAUUCCUGCCGCGCUCCCCGAGGGGGACGAAGAGGACGAGGAGGAGUCGGAACAUGGACGCAAGCGCGCAUCGAGCAAAGCAGCGAGUACCACGGCAGGCGAGGAGGACGAUGACCGCAUUGACGCCAAGAACGCAGCGAGCCGACUGGCGACCACGACUUUCUAG